UAUAAAAGUACCACAGUCUUUGUUCGAUCCUUGUCCAAGGCAGACGGAUUCAGAAUACUUAUUUUUGCAAAACAGGAGACAAGAAUACAAAAAAGAAUGUUACUCCUUUGUCUCCUCCUCCUACUACCGCUAACGGCAAGGAGUGCAGAACAACAACAAAGUACUUACACUCUGGAAUUAAAAAAUGGCACCCUAGAGAGAGUGUUUUCCGGUCAAACGCCAAUCAUAAAUCUCGAUCUCUCCAAUAUGCAAAUAAAAUUCAUCAAAAGAGAAGCAUUUGACGAUUUGAAAAAUCUAAAGACUCUAAUUUUACGAAAUAAUCUUCUCACAUCAUUGCCAGAAUUUAUUUUCUCAAAUCUUUCAACCCUCGAGCAUUUGUGCCUGGCUGAGAAUAAAAUUAAUACACUCGAUAAUAUUUUCGUUGGAUUGGAUAAUCUCAAGGAAUUGAAUAUAUCAUGCAAUCCAUUGAGACACUUGAGAAGGGGACAAUUUUUUGGUCUACCGAAUAAUGUGAAUAUUUACACUCGUGGCAAUAUUUUUUGGAGUUUGAGUACAAUGCUUUUUGAAAAUCCAUUUUUGAAGGAGAAGGACAAUUUUGUGGAGAUUGAGAAGGCAAGAUUUGAUGACGAUUGGGAGGAGGAUCAAAUUGCCGAGGCUAGAAAAUUGGAUAUUUUGGAGAGGGAUAUAUUUUCGGGUACGAAGAUGCACGUUUUUCCGAAGGAGACGCAACCUCAGCUUGAUAGGAAUGUUCGUGUUAAGCUCUGUAUGGAGGAGGGAAUUGUCAUUAGUCUUGAGAUUGUUGACAGGGAGGAGAAAAUUCAGGCGAAAUGUAGUGAGGUUAAGAUUGACUAUGAGGAACGGCAGGUAAAUCUUCGCGGAUUGGGAAUUAAGGAUUUCGAUGAGGAUUGGUACAGACUGCAGAAAUUGCCGAUCCAUGGACUCGAUCUAUCGAACAAUGAAAUUCAAGAAAUCUCGAAGGAGCUUCUAAACGAUCUCCCCGGCGAUUUGGCAUACGUGAGCCUCGUGGAAAAUAGAAUAAGAAGAUUAACAGGUCAAAUAAUCGACAACAGUCAUCUAAAGGUCCUAAGUUUGAAGGACAAUCUAAUUGAAGAAAUCGAGGACAAAACAUUCGAAAAUACAAGAUUAAAUGGUCUCUUUCUGAGUGGCAAUCGUUUGGAGAAUAUUAAUUUCAUCAAAGAUUUACCCACAACCCUCACCGAAUUGGUAAUCAAUCGUAAUCUCAUUCAAUCAAUUCCCGAUGGUAUCUUCACUAGACUCAUAAAUCUCAUGUAUUUAAAUUUAGCACGAAAUAAUAUUCUCAAUCUAAAAUCGGACACAUUCCGUGGAUUAAAAUCACUCCAAAUUCUCAUUUUAACGAGAAAUUCAUUGGCAAACAUUGCUCCGGGUUCAUUCAAGUAUUUGAAAAAUUUGAAAACCCUCUAUCUUUAUCACAAUUCAAUAGCAAAAAUAGAAAAUGGCGUCUUUGAUAAUUUGGAAAAAUUACGUAAUUUAAAUCUUGCUUUCAAUAAAAUUGCAAAAAUCACACCCGAAAUGUUUGUGAAAUUACCAAAAUCAUUGAAUUUCCUUCAUCUUGAUUUUAAUAAAAUUGAAAGUCUUGAAAAAGGCAGUUUUAUUGAAGUUCCAAGAUUCUCGUUAUCCUUGGAUGGAAACAAGAUAACGAACAUUAUGCCGGGCACUUUCGAUUUGCCGAACCUUCAGGAUCUUUAUCUAAAAAAUAAUUCCCUUACGAGUUUAAAAUCAGAAUCUUACGAGGGUCUACCGAGAUUGAAACGUCUUUGGCUAUCGAAUAAUAAAAUUAGUAUUCUUGAAAAAGGUGCGGCACGCAGUUUAUCGUUACUUUCAAUUUUAGAUAUUUCCAAAAAUCCCCUUCAGUGCUUGAAAAAUGGUGCUUUAUUUGGUCUACCAAAAUCGAGAGCGAGUUUUGUUUAUAUCUCUGAUAAUUGUAUUGAUUUGAUUCAAGGCGGUGUUUUCGAUGAUUAUUCUAAUUAAAUAAUAUUUUUCUCUCUUGUUUGUGGAAAAAAGAUAAUCGCGAAUGCUGACAAUGAUGAAUGGAAAAUAUAUUUUUUUUUUAAAUGUGAUAUCACAUGUGAAAAAUAAAAACAAUGUAGUAGAAUAAUAAUUAAAAAACUUGUAAAAUUGAAAA